AGCAGCAGCGAGGAAAGACGAUUUCAUUUCUUGAUCAUUCCUGGCAGUGUCCACCUUCCAAAACAGCCGUCGCUUGGAUCGGAUAAGAUGGCCAAGUUAGGGGUUUCUGUGGCAGUGCUUCUAGCAUUUGCCGUUUUCGGCUGUGCUCGUGCUUCUUCCAAUGUUCCAGUUUUCGUAUGGGGCAAACCAUCUGUAACGUAUGUUCCGGCCCUCAACCGCUAUUCAAGCUCGGAAUUCGCAGCAUUGGUGGAAGCUCAAAUAGAUGAACAAACUUUCACGGUCGUGUUUGCGGAAGAACGGCUUUCGGCGGAAGAUCUCAGCCAGUGCAAGCUAAAGACGCAGACUUGCUUCAAGAAUUUGCAGAAAUUGGAACGUAAGUCGUAUCUUCCGAGUGUGGAGGAACCACUCAGUGUGCUGGAGGGUUCAAACGCCCAAAGUGUACAGCUGCUCUCCGAUGGAUCGCUCAGCGAACGCAUCGUACCACAGGCGGGUGGAAUUGUGGUGGUAAAUCUGUCAGGUGGUGAUUUUGCGUCACAUGAUGCCGUCAUCGAUGCACUGUACACGCGUCUACACAACGCCCACCCGAACAUUGUGGCCAUCUAUACCGCUAAAACACCAUCGUUCAGCUACUCCAGCUUGGUGCGUAAGACUCGCCAAACCGAACCAGAACCAGCACCAACAAAGGAGAUAUUGACGGCCGAUGGAUUCCUGAUGGUGUACGAAGAGUUCAAGUUCGGUCAAGCCGAUGCUGAAGAACUGACGUCCGCUAAGCUGGUUCAAGCUGCUAAGGUUGAAAACACCACCACCGAUGUAGUGCAAAUUCGUCUGACCGGUGCAGGUGCACAGGUGGAUCUGUUCUUCCUGCUGACCCAAGGCUCGUGGGAAAUCACGGGCGUGUGGUUCGAGAAUCAGGAAUAUUACCUGCGCCACCGGGUCCACGUUAACCAACAUUUCUCGUACAGCUGCAAUCAGUGGGAAUAUUAUUCGCUUGAUUUGCAGAAGAAAAUUGUCUUCCAGGAAGUCCAGCUGCAACCAUUCUGGCCGAAUGCGGAGGGUGAACCCGUGCCAACCAACCGGUUCGGUGACGCAUGGUACUGCGUUGGUUUUACCAGCGGUGGCAUCCUGUCCGGGCUGUUCCUCAUCCUUAUUUUCAUCAUAAUUGGCUCGUAUGGUAUCACCUGGAUGAUGGAUAUCCGUACGAUGGAUCGUUUCGAUGAUCCGAAGGGAAAAACAAUUACGGUGAAUGCCGCUGAAUAGAGCACCCAGCGUAAUUGGUCGUUCAUUGGUACGCAGCUUCCGUAGUAGUACAUCCGUUGGGCGAUGGCCUACUUCUGUGCCUUGCCUUGCAACGUUUGCACUUGGAAUGAUACAGAAAUGAAAUACAAAAGCCAUUCCGAAUAGAGCACUAUAACUUACCUGUUUCAUUGAGUAACUUACCGAAAAAUUAUUACAUUAACCAAGCUGAAAGGAUAUUUUGUUCCAAAAUUUAUCAACCGAGAUAAUUCUCUACGAUCUUGAUUUCAUUUGUAAAGAGCUUAACCAUUCUCAAAAAAACAAUCCUUUAAAUCCAUUUCUACUACGUUUGAAAAAUUCUUGAUUUACAAUUAAAGAACGCACUUUUAUCAAGGAAAUCACCAUACACUG